AUGGCGACCUACACUUCGACGGACGAUUUAGAACGUAAUGGGAAGACUGGCGUGGGUCUCACUGAUGUUGAGAAACAGCGGACUGUCGAGUUUGGCUCUGCACCAGCAGCAGCACCGAAGAGUUUGGGCGCUGGCACGGCACUCCCAAUAGGCGUCUUCGCAACAACAUUAACAACUCUAUCACUGGGCCUGAUGGAAUGGCGCGGCGUAACCAUCUACAACGCCUUCAUCGCAAACUUCUUCUUCGCCGCUGCCUUCGGGCUCGUCAUAACCGCACAGUGGGAACUAUCCAUCGGAAACGGCUUCUCCUACACCGUCUUCAGCUCCUUCGGUCUAUUCUACGCGGGCUUCGGCGCUAUUCUCACACCAGCGUUCGGUGUUAUCGAAGCCUAUGGUGAUGAUAAGAAGCAGCUUAACAACGCCCUCGGCUUCUUCAUGAUCAUGUGGACCGUUCUCACCCUCACCUUCCUAAUCGCCUCAUUACCCACAAACCUAGUCUUCAUCGCCAUCUUCUUCACCGUGGAACUGGGUUUCUUGCUCACCUCUGCGAGUUACUUUGCUGCGGCCGACGGCCACCCAAAUAGCGCGCUUGCGCUCAAGAAGGGAGGCGGGGGUUUUUGCUUCGUGUCUGGGAUAAUCGGCUGGUAUAUGAUGUUUCAUCUGUUGCUUAAAGAUUCGAUUGUUGAAUUGCCGCUUGGUGAUACUUCGAGGUACUUUGCAAAGACUAGGAAGAUCCAGUGA